AUGGAAGAAGCAGAAAAAAUCAAGGAGCUUUAAUUCUAUAAGAUUCCUUAGAUUUAAGAAAAUAAAACUAAAACUAAAGUUUUUUUUGUGUACGACAAUGAAGACACUUAUACUAAGUUGAUUGAAAAUUCUUUAUACGAUUUCAUAAAACAAGAUACUGAAUUUUUCGAAUUGAUCACUAUGGGGUUUUAGGACUCGAUGUCUCAAUUUAGUAUUCAAGAUUGGAGAAAGGUAUAGAACAGAUAGCUAUUUGAGGGUUAUAACUUAUAAUGUUCAGAUAAAACAAAAGAAUACUUUGCUCAGCAAUUUUCCCUUUACUGUAAAAAGGACAAGCUUUAACAAAUAAACCAAGAAAAGGCAUCCUAAUUUAAGUAUUUUGUCCUAAACUCUAUCUUAGAAAAAAUCCUUGAAAAAACUAUUUAGUUGUCAUAGACAUCAAAUUUAAUUGUUGUUUUGAUGAUGAAAUCCAUAGAGUGUAUCGGUAUCAGAGAUUUGACAAAAAAUUUUUAUCCUCACAAAUUAGAAAAGUCUAAAAUUCUAUUUAUUGACACAGGAGAUUUAGAUUUUUUAAAAAAGCAAGCAUUUGUUUCGGACCUUUUCAAUAAAUUCCCUUCUGAUCCUUCAUAAGCAUUUAUUUACGAACAAAUUAUGCCAAAAAAUAAGCCAAAAACAGACGAAAGCUUUUUAUAGUUUUUGGAAUUAAUUUCUCAAAAAAUAGUUUAACAACUAAAAUUUACUAUCAAACUAAAUGCUGAAAAAGAGCUUUAGUAAUUUCCUUGGUCAAAACCUUCAAAGCUGUUAAAUAGCGGAAGUGUCGCAGUUUCUCAUCAAUAUCAAGGCGAGUGGUUUUUGGCGAAGAGUGAUUUUUAAAACCACAGAAUCGAAAGACUAAACAACCUUGAUAUAGAGUCUUUAGUAAAUAUUUUUACAACUUGGGUGAAUGAAAUCGUUUAACUCACUUAGAUAGAUGCUGUUGGUCAAGAGGAAAUUUAGGAAAUCUAGAAUUAUUUGGAAAAUUUUUUAAAAUAUCAAAUGAAUGAAGCCUUAAAUUAAAACUAAGAAGAAAUCACAGUCGGCUAAAAAUUAACUGUUAAGUAAAGAUUUCUCUCUAAACAAAGAAAUUAAAUUAAAUUCUAGGUUCAAUUACUAAUUAAAUCCUUAAAAGAUUUAUCAGGAGAAAACAAUCUUUUAGAUUAAUUAAGUGAUGAGUAGCUAAAAGAAAGAUAAAAAAUUGGUACUAUUGUAGGCAAGUUCCAUUAGAGAGCUAUUUAAAUGCAGGGCCUUGAUGUUUAAGAGUUUCUUAAAAUUAAAGAGAAUUUUGCUGCUAAACUAAGGUAAGUUUAGAAAGAAAUUAAUCCUGAUAGUGAUGAAGUAAGAUCUAUAAUCACUCUUGAAAAUUUUAAGGACAUAAUCUUACAAGAGGACAUUUUUGAUGCUAUUGGACUUAUUUAAAAUCAAUACAACCUUAUUUCCUCUUUUCCUUUAGUUGGUCUUGGAGUAAAACUAUAGCGCACAAAUGGAUCAAUGAUUAACCCUUAUCUUGUUAAGGUGAUAGAUAUUGCUAGAAUCAACUAGUAUGUAGAUACCAUCUCUAUUCAAAAUACUCCUGAUAAAAAGCUUAUUUUAAAUGCAGGAUAUGAGACAGACUAAGACGACUACAACACCCAAAUCAAAGAAACUAUUGAUGCAGUUGUUCCAUUAUUUGGACCAAAGGAUUAUGAUUUAAAGCCUUUACUCUAAUCCAAGUUUUUCCAUGUAUUGAAUACUUUUAAUGUGAUGAACAAUGUUGACACCAUUUUCUAAGAGGCCUAUUUUGCACUAUUAGCAAAUACUCUCAUUUAUUUGUUGAAUGAAGAAAAAUCAGAUUUUAUUACUGAUCUUCUUGAUAAAAUCUAUCAUUCUGUCUGUAUUGUUUACAGUGAAAGCAAAUUUUUCGUCGAAUUCUGCAAGAUGCUUGUUACCAAUCCAAGAUUAAGUAUGGUAACAUAUCAUGAAGGUCAUCCAACUUAGUGUCAAGGACCUUCAAAAGGUUUGUUAGUCCUUUUUUACCUUGUUAAAAAAGGUGAACUUACCGAUAGAGUUCUAAUCAAAGAAAUUCUUGAGGCUAUCAUGCAAGAAAUAGUUGCAAGAGGAAUUAAAAAUCCAGCAAAGAUGACUUCUUAUUUCGAAGUUAAUGGAUUCGAUGUAGAAAAGUUAAAAGAUUUUGGUAGAAAAACAGUCAACAAGUAUAUUGAUAGAGUCCUUGAAUUCCCUACAGUGAGACAAAUGAUGAUGGAAGUUGAGAGUACUUCAAGAAUUGAUGAGGUAUUUUCUGUUGAUAAAUCAUAUAGAUUACGCUUGAAUAAAAAGAAAUUCGAAUAUUUGAAUUUUGGAAAGUAUAAUUUCUUUGUAAGUCUUAAGAAUAUUUGUGAAUACUUCCUGAGUGGUGAAAAGUUCAAAGGAGAGAUUUUAUGGUUCUGGCUCUAUCAUAUCUAGAGACAUAAUAAUAGUUAUGUAAGAAAUUCCACACCUUUGAUGACUGACAUUAAAAAAGUUUACAGAACUUUUAAGGCAUAAAAAAUCAAUAAAAUUAUGAAUGUUAAGUUUGAAAAGGUCAUGCAAAUUUGUCAGUAAAAGUUAUAGGCUGUGUACAAAGAAAAAAUGGCUCCACUCCAUAUAAAUAUCAAACCAGUCAGCCAUAAUCAGCUUUUUAUGUUGCUAAGAUAAAAAGAAGUCAAAAUAACUUUCAAUAAUGUUUCAAAUUUAGCUAAGAAGUUCUGUCUUUGUCCAGAAUGCCCCUUCUACCUUAAAAAACUAAACCAUCUUUCUGAGCAUAUCAAAGAUGCUAAUUUCUGCAUCCCUGCAUUCUGCAAAACAAUAAAAAUAAUGAAAUACGACAAUCCAAAUCUUGUUCUUCAUGCUAUAAAAGUUGGAGAUUGCUUAGAUAGAGAUGAUGAAAAAAAAUAUGUUUUGGCUUAUAACAAGCUUAGUGAAUAUAUAGACAAUGAUUAUUUUACAUUUUAUGAGGAUAAAAUAAUGAAAACUAUUCGAUAAUGCCAACUCAUAUAUAGAAAAUUAUGA